AGUACUCUAGGUAGAGCUAAUACCUGUUCCAAUCACACUUCUACACUAUCCAUACGUUUUCACCUCCUGGAACAACCGAACCACCACCACCACCACCACUACUACCAAUCUCACCUCCGAAUCAACCACCAACCACCUCCUCACCACCUCACCAACAUCACAAUGCUCUUCUCACUCUUCUCCUCAUCCUCCACCACCUCGACCCCCCAACCAACCACCGAACCACAACAACAACAACAACAACAACAACAACAACAACAACAACAACAACAACAACAACAACAACAACAACAACAACCCCCCACUACCACCCCCCCUCCACAAAACCAAUAUACCCGCUCUCCCACCGAUGAAAUCGACCCCCCCCUCCCCAAAAUCUGGACCCCGCGCACAAACCUAAAACUCCUCCUCUCCGGCCUCGCCUUCUUCACAUUCAGCAUCUGGAGUACACGUCGCGCCACCAUCCGAAAACAUCUCGCCUGCAUCCCACCCUUCUACACCAGCAGCAUAUACCAUAAACCGAAGGUCAGUGGGGGCGCGGAAGCCUUCGAGGCGUUGCAUUUGGCGACGAUGAAUGUGUUGAGUUUUGGGAUGAUGGUGACGGGGGGGGUGUUGUAUGGGUUGGAUGUUAAUGGGGUGGAGGAUAUGAGGAGGUUUGUGAGGAGGGGGGAAGUGGUGGGGGAUGGGGGGUUGAGGGGGGUGGAUGGGGAGUUGGAAAGGGAGGUGGAGGGGUGGGUUGCUAAGGUGCUGGGGGAGAAGUUUGGGAGGGAGUUGCAGAGGGAGAAGGAGAGGAGUUUGUUAGAGGCGGAGGGGGAAGGGAAGAAGGAGUAA